UGGACGUUAACCCGGUAGCAUGCCGCUCAAGAUACAUAGUGGGUGGUGCUAGUUCCCUACCAAGUGUGUGUGUGUGUGUGCGUGUGUGGGGGGAAGUUUUGUUUUUUGCUACAAGUUCUCAUCAAUGUGACAGAAACUUGUACAAAAAAGGAUUAAAGUUGAUCAAACAAAGAGGUGUCAAAGAAAGCGAAGCGUAGGCAAGAAUAUUUUGAACGACGAAUACUGUAACGCAUUCCCUCCCGCCUAUUACGAUACUGCCCAGAAACCAGUAGCUAAAACAUUGAAAAUAGAAAGUUUGAAAGUUUCUUUAAAGUUCUAUCCGCGACCUAUCGUUGUCCGAUCUAGGGUGUGCUGAAGAGUACUUCAACCUCACCGGAACCUGCUUCCCUGCCGACGAUUGCCCAACUGCCACCACGCGCGAAGUGUCUCAUUAAGAGGGUAAAACGAAACAAAAUCGAGCUCCGUUGGAAGUGGACGUCCCCAGUGCACGUCUGGUUCGAUUCUGAUCGAUCACUUGACGCACGACUAGCUACCGUACUGUUGCGAGUUACAACACCCGAGCGACAAAAUGGCAAUGCCAAGUUUCGAUCCGGCCACUUCACCGUACCCCGUCUGCCUACUGCCUGUGUCCAUCCGUUUUGGUCCCAGGAAGGCGUAAUACUUCAGUCCCGUCCCCGCAGAAAGGAGUCCAGAGCUGACUUACCGGCCGGCCGAUCGUACGAGCCAGCCCAGCCUUCGGUGGGCAGUAAUUGAAAAUUCAAAACCACCCCUUCACGUACAAUCAGGCAACCGGACAAGGCCUAAAACCCCACACAUCCACUCAAGAGCGCCAGUUGCAGUUGGAGUGACAGUACACCCAGCAAAGCGGUGGCCCCUCCCGGUGGUCCCCGAAAACUGAGCCGGAGGCAUGACGAAUUUAAACAAGCUCAAGGUGGUCGUCAUUGGCAGUGCCAAAGUUGGCAAAUCAGCCGUCACGGUGCGUUAUCUCACGAAGCGUUACAUCGGGGAGUACAGCUCGGCGAGAGACUUCCUCUAUCGGCACAGCGUCACCUAUGACAACAUUACGACCGAGGUGGAAAUUAUGGACACGUCCCGGUGUGAUAAACGCGGUUGCUUGUACGAGCAUCUACGCUGGGGUGAUGCUUUCGUGGUCGUCUACUCUAUCUGUGAUAAGGCGAGCUUCGAGGAGGCAGCCGACUACCUGCAGCAGUUGACCAAGCUGAAGCUGCCCUCGUACUAUACGCUGCUCCUGCUGGGCAACAAAAGUGAUCUCGAUCAUGCGCGGGAAAUUUCGGUUAACGACGGACAGGAGCUAUCGUUCAGAUAUUCCUGCCAGUUCUACGAGGUGUCUGCGGCGGAAAAUUUUGCCGGCGUCUCACUCGCAUUCCACUCGCUGAUACGCGAGGCACGUUCCACCCAGCUAUUCCGGGCACUGCCCAUGCGAAGAAAGUUAGGCGUUAACAGUGUGUCGAAGGCGCUCGGCAAUAUCUUUGGCAAGAAUAGCAAGGGCGAACGGAAGAAACGUCCUUCGCUCAGCAUAUGACAGCCACCGGUUCUGCCAGCCGUUAACGACAAAGCGAACGGAUCGAGCUAUCGAAAUGUGGGCCCUAACCGUUGAGCGCAGUGGUUAAGUCCUUAACUACUCGCCGUUGUACAUAUGUAUUAGAAGUACGUUCCGGAGAAUUCGAUAGCGAGUAAGGAUCUUCUAGUAGUGUAACUUUCUCCUUAGCAUAGCGUAACUAACAUCUGUGACACGAAUACAGCCAUUCCGGAGACUAAACACUCCCUCAUUAGUAGCAAAUAAGCGGAAUCUUGAGUACAUAGCAAUGCUACGUUGAAUAUACAUUCAAGUCUAGCACCUUGUCGCCAUUUCGGUGAGAUUUUAUCGAUUUGCAUUACGUUCCUAUAGAUCAGCUCGGUUAGAGAAUGUUUGCCGAGCAUUUAAGCAUCAUGGAGAAAACUAACAAAUCGUUAAAUAGCUAUAACGAAGACAGUUUAACUCUUGUAAGAUAUAGGAAAGCAGAAAUUUGGAGCAGUUUGGAAAAUGAAGCUUCUAGGUUUAAGGACAGAAAGCUGUAG